UUUUGCAGCUGAAAGCACAGCUGGGGACAGAUGAUGGCAAGCACACCUUUGUUCUCAAAACCCCUAAGGGUACAAGGGACUACAACCCCAAACAGAUGGCAAUCCGCGAAAAGGUGUUCAGUACCAUCAUCGGCUGCUUCAAACGCCAUGGUGCUGAGACUAUCGACACGCCUGUCUUUGAGUUAAAGGAAACUCUAACUGGAAAAUACGGUGAAGACUCCAAGCUCAUCUAUGACCUGAAAGACCAGGGUGGUGAGCUGCUGUCCUUGCGCUAUGAUUUAACUGUUCCUUUUGCGCGCUAUCUGGCAAUGAAUAAAAUAACGAACAUCAAGAGAUAUCACAUUGCAAAGGUUUAUAGGAGAGACAAUCCUGCCAUGACCAGAGGACGAUACAGAGAGUUCUACCAGUGCGACUUUGACAUUGCGGGCCAGUACGAUCCCAUGAUACCAGAUGCUGAAUGCUUGAAAAUUGUUCAUGAAAUUUUGAGUGAACUGCAACUGGGGGAUUUCCGCAUUAAGGUUAAUGACAGGAGGAUUUUAGAUGGUCUGUUUGCAGUCUGUGGAGUGCCUGAUGACAAGUUCAGAACCGUUUGCUCAACUGUUGAUAAGCUGGAUAAGGUGCCCUGGGAAGAGGUGAAGAAUGAGAUGGUUAAUGAGAAGGGUUUGGCUGUAGAGGCUGCUGACCAGAUUGGAGAAUAUGUCAGCAUGCAUGGAGGUCUUGAUUUGGCAGAAAAACUGCUUCAAGACCCAAAGCUUUCUCAAAGCCAGUCUGCCCGUGAUGGGCUCACUGACAUGAAGCAGCUCUUCAAAUACCUGGAGCUCUUCAAAGUCACUGAUAAGGUGGUGUUUGACCUGAGCCUGGCUCGUGGCCUGGAUUACUACACAGGGGUUAUUUACGAGGCCGUUCUAGUACAGGCUGAUCCAGUGCUCCAGAAGCAGCAGGAAAACAACGCCUCAGAAGAGCCAACCAGCGUGGGCAGUGUCGCUGGGGGAGGACGCUAUGAUGGCCUGGUGGGGAUGUUCGAUCCCAAAGGCAGGAAGGUCCCUUGUGUGGGAGUCAGUAUUGGAAUAGAAAGAGUCUUCUCCAUCUUGGAACAGAAGGCUGAGGCCUCAGCAGAGAAGGUCCGUACCACAGAGACACAAGUCCUGGUAGCUUCAGCACAGAAGAAUCUGCUGGAGGAAAGACUAAAGCUCACAGCAGAACUCUGGGAUGCUGGAAUAAAGGCAGAAGUCAUGUAUAAGAAGAAUCCAAAACUGCUGAGCCAGCUGCAACACUGUGAAGAAGCGGGAAUCCCGCUUGUUGCUAUAAUUGGAGAGCAGGAACUAAAGGAUGGGGUUGUGAAGCUCCGAAACGUAGCUACCAGGGAAGAGGUUGAUGUGAGCAGAAGUGACCUAGUGGAAGAAAUAAAGAAGAAAACUAGUGAGUUCUAGAGCUGUCCAAUGUCACAUACUGCCCACCUUCCACAUCUGGAUUUUACAGUUUUGUCAUCUGGGGAAGCGGCUGUCACAGACCUUGACCUGUGUAAUGCAAAAUAUGGAAAUGUAAAAAAAAACUUGUAGAUGUCCUGUAUUUAUAUAAUCCAAAGGAAAAAAUAUUAUGAUCUCAUUGCAUUCCAGCUAUUUGACUUGCCAAACUCACAGCACUGCAAAGGGUAAUUUGCUUUUGGAGGCUGCCUAGGUCAUUCUCAUAAAUAAAAUGUUUGUCCCAUU